UAUCACCAUAUCGGCGACAAAUGAGAAAAGGCCGACAUGCUCAUCUCGUCUUCAAUGCUUGCUUCGAGCCUGCGUUAGCAGUCCUACGAGUGACGUCUCCCUUCUCAUUGUCCUGAAGCAAAAGUCUCCUGAAAUCCACCUGGCUCAAGAUGUCGGCGGCCAAGGUCGAGGCUCACCCGAAAGUCACAGCAUCUCAGACUGACGGUAAUGCACCGCGGAAGAGGAGGAAGCGCGCUCCUGCCGCGGGUGCAGCCGAUGACUGCUUCACAUGUUCUACUCGCAGUGUCAAAUGCGACCGUCGAAGACCCUACUGCUCGAAAUGCUUAGAAGAUGGGAAGGACUGUGCUGGAUACAAAACCCAAUUGACUUGGGGAAAUGGUGUCGCAAGUCGGGGCAAGCUACGGGGUCUGUCACUGCCUGUCGCAGGCACCCAAAAGAUCAUCACACCUGUGUCGCCAUCGAGAUCAAAGAGAAGGCCAUCACAGCAGCAGCAAGACUCACAGCCUCGUGCAGAAGCAAAAUAUAAGCCAACCCUAAAGCCAGAGGAAGGAGCUACGCAUCCUUCCAUGAGCUCAGCCACGGCCAGCAAGAACAACGCUUCAUCUCUGUUUGAUCAGUCGAAAACAUCCUUUUCGGCUUUCACUUCGUACACAACCUCAUCUUUGCCGUCAACAUCAGCGCGCUCUUCACACGCGCCAGGCCCCAUCAAGAUAGAAUCAACGGACAACUACGCAUCGAUCUCCUCCACAUCUUUGACCUCCCCACUUGAUACCUAUGGGUUUUCGGUCGGGUUUAGCCCUAGUGUUGGGUUUAACGCUACUGCAUCGCCUACAUCCUAUACCACUUCUCCAGAUACUCUAUACUUCGGGCGAGGUCUCAACCAAGGCUCAUUACGGCCACAAAAUUCUCUGUCUAGCUACCCGCUCUCGCCUCAAAUACCCUCGCCGUAUGACAGUGCCUUGCCCGACCACGGGCAGAUCCCCCAAUUUCAGAGCCAGAAGACAUCCUAUGUCCACAACGAGCCAUACGCCCAAACCUUACAACCUCAACAUUUGGAGCCAGUGCCGGAACAAGGACAUGUUGCUGCCAUUCACGAAGACGUUGAGGAGAUCGAUCGCGGUAUUUACGACAACGAGUAUGACAAUGAAUGCGCUGUUGUUGAUGAUGAUUCCACUGCGGGAUUUCCCCAGUUCUCUUUCAAUUACAACAUGUCGCUAGCGUCUUAUGCUGGUAUGGGCGCCAUCACCGCCAAUCCACGAAUGCAGUACCUUAUAAACUACUACACGGAGGUCAUCUCACCUGUGAUAGUGGCUUUCGAUGGGCCUUCCAAUCCUUACAGGACUCAGAUCUUGCGCUUAGCAGCGAGGAGUGAAACACUUCAGCACGCCAUAGCCGCAUUGUCUGCAAGCAAUUUGCGACAACGAAGAGAAACUGGAGCAUUAUCGACGGGCAAGACUGAUCCUGCAAGGCGCUCCUCUAUAGCACAUUUAACCUUGACGCAGGAGUCAUGGCAGGAUAUAGGCGCCCUUUCGCCUCAAGAUCAAGCUCGAGAGGAAUCUCUGCACAAGGGCAUUGCAAUCCAAUCGUUGAACAAACAGCUUGCUGAUCCGGUUCAAAGGAAAGACGACUCAAUUCUUGCGACGCUCCUGAUUUUGUGCUUGUUCCACAUUUGCGACUCUGGAGUAGCGAAGUUUCAGACCCAGUUUGCAGGUGUGAAGAAGCUGCUCGGUAUGCGACAAAAUGAUUUUGGAUUGGACACGAAAGAGGCAAAGUGGUUUAUAAGGAUGUUUACCUGGUUCGACGCAAUGACCGCAACGGUGAAUGAUCGCGAAGGACAACUUCAAGGACAUCAUCUGGAUGUUUCGGCCCUGUCAGACGAGGAAUGGGCAUUGGAAAAUCUUGCAGGCUGCGAUGGUCAGCUAUUCAAGACAAUAGCCAAGCUAGGCAGGCUGAACGUCUUGAGUCAGGGGAAGACUGUCGAAGAAAGCCCGACCCUGGUGUCAAGGCCGUUUCCGCAAAUGCCCGGCACUGUGGACCUCGACUACAGCAAUUUUGACGGUAACGGGUGGAUGCGAAUUGUUCAAGAUGAAGAUCUGUUCUCUUCAAAGACCGCAAAUCCAGACGUGAAAGCCCAAUUCUGGCGGGAGUGGAGGGAAAUUCGCCAGGCCUUGCAGACCUGGCAACUUGACACCAGAGUCUUCGACUGCUCCAGUCCUGAAGCACCACUACUGACUCACGAUCAACGCGUCGACCUUGCAAACAUUUCAGAGUCAUUCCGCUAUUCAGCGCUGCUCUACACCGAGCGCCUGGCCAAUCCGACUGUUCCCAGCACGGAUGCAAGCAUCAGAUACUGGGUGCAGAAAUGUUUGAUGUACAUCAAGGCGGUCAAGUCAGACGUCUACCUGCUCUGGCCUCUGUUCAUCACUGGUAGCGAAUGUGUCGACGGCAUCGAUCGGCAGGUCAUCCGAGAAAGGUGCCUGGAUAUCCAGAAAGACAGUGGAUUUCUUAACAACAAGAGCUGUCUUGAGCUUCUAGAGAAGGUCUGGCGACGGUACGAUGAAAAGACCAGGGAAGAUGAGGCCAAUGCUGAGACAAAUACCCCAUAUACGCCAGGCAGUGGCAAUGAGAGUGGGUUCAAAUUCACGACUAUAAUGAAGAUGGAGGGUAAUGAAGGUGAAUAUAUCGUGGUCUGAUGCCGUCUGAGCAGGAUAUCCAGCACAAGCAAGGAUCUGGGCCUUGGAUCUUGAACAUACACCCAAUGACAUAUGAUGACGAAGAUGUGAUACAGGAAAAAGUGCAUAGACUUCUUAGACCAACUCGUUCUUCAGUACACAGCAUGACCACUCAGGGAAUCAGGCGCGACAUCUUCAGACGCCGGAUGGAGAAAUGCUUGAGUGGUAUUGCGGUGUCAUCUGGCCAUUGCAUAGGUAGGUUUCAAGUACAUUUUUUAUGUCUUCUA